ACAAGCAACGUGAGAGAAGCUCGUGUAGAGGUGCGAAAAGCUGGGAGCGCAGGGCUGGGACCUCGCAAGGGAGGGUGCGGGCGGGAGCCCGCCUCGCGAGCCCGGGCCACGGCCGCUUCUCCCGACCGUGACUGGGACCCGGGCAGGGAAGGUCGCUACAAAGCCUGCCAGGGCGAACCGAGGGCAGCUUUGUGGGGAGCCAUGCCAGGAAGCUUGGGAACCGUGAGCCACAAGAGAACCGCGUUGUUUUUUGAAUGUUUUGCACGCAGUCAGAGGAAGUCUGGCUCAUCCGAGUCGGCCAGCCGAGCACAUCUGGAAGUGGUUUCUGGGGCCGCCCCUCUCUGCCAGCGCAACUCCUGGGUUCCCAGCACAGAGGUGGAAGAAAUCCGAGACGCUCCAAAGUCAACGCAAGCAAAGGGGAGUGCGGGUCGGGGAGGAAUAUUAAUUUGGAAACUUAAUAUUGGCCUUGGGGCUCUCCAGCCCUUUGGGACUUCCAAUGGGAUCUUAGAAGCAGCAGAAGCAUCGUGAGGGCGGCAGCCCAGGGCCAGCCACGAUUUGAACGCUCUGCCUUGCAGCUCUUCUGGACCGAGGAGCCCAAAGCCCUACCCUCACCAUUCACCAGGUCCUGUGGGAAGAGCAGUGUGGAGGUGGGCUGAGGUUAGAAGGUGCAGAGUGUGAAAGAAGAUUGUGGGCUGAGUACUGGACAUCUGUUCUUGAAUAGUCCCUGGGCCUGCCAUAGGAAAGGAAGUUCUCCUGGGUUACGGUUCUUAUCUGCGUGAAUACACAUGGCUCUGUUACGAAAAAUUAAUCAGGUGCUGCUGUUCCUUCUGAUCGUGACCCUCUGUGUGAUUCUGUAUAAGAAAGUUCAUAAGGGGACUGUGUCCAAGAAUGAUGCAGAUGAUGAAUCCGAGACUCCUGAAGAACUGGAAGAAGAGAUUCCUGUGGUGAUUUGUGCUGCAGCAGGGAGGAUGGGUGCCACUAUGGCUGCCAUUAAUAGCAUCUACAGCAACACUGACGCCAACAUCUUGUUCUAUGUAGUGGGACUCCGGAAUACUCUGACUCGAAUACGAAAAUGGAUUGAACAUUCCAAACUGAGAGAAAUAAACUUUAAAAUCGUGGAAUUCAACCCGAUGGUCCUCAAAGGGAAGAUCAGACCAGACUCAUCGAGGCCUGAAUUGCUCCAGCCCCUGAACUUUGUUCGAUUUUAUCUCCCUCUACUUAUCCACCAACACGAGAAAGUCAUCUAUUUGGACGAUGAUGUAAUUGUACAAGGUGAUAUCCAAGAACUUUAUGACACCACCUUGGCCCUGGGCCAUGCAGCGGCUUUUUCAGAUGACUGCGAUUUGCCCUCUGCUCAGGAUAUCAACAGACUCGUGGGACUUCAGAAUACAUAUAUGGGCUAUCUGGACUACCGGAAGAAGGCCAUCAAGGACCUCGGCAUCAGCCCCAGCACCUGCUCUUUCAAUCCUGGUGUGAUUGUUGCCAACAUGACAGAAUGGAAGCACCAGCGCAUCACCAAGCAAUUGGAGAAAUGGAUGCAAAAGAAUGUGGAGGAAAACCUCUAUAGCAGCUCCCUGGGAGGAGGGGUGGCCACCUCCCCAAUGCUGAUUGUGUUCCAUGGGAAGUACUCCACAAUUAACCCCCUGUGGCACAUAAGGCACCUGGGCUGGAAUCCAGAUGCCAGAUAUUCGGAGCAUUUUCUGCAGGAAGCUAAAUUACUCCACUGGAAUGGAAGACAUAAACCUUGGGACUUCCCUAGUGUUCACAACGACUUAUGGGAAAGCUGGUUUGUUCCUGACCCUGCAGGGAUAUUUAAACUCAAUCACCAUAGCUGAUAUAACUCUACCCUUAAAAUAUUCCCUGUCUAGAAAUGUGGAAUUGUCUCUUUGUAGCCAACUAUAACAUUGUUCUUUAUGAACAUUACCUUUGAUACAGAUGAGCCACAAUAUAAAAACCAAAAACUACUGUGUGCAAAUUAUACCUUGGACCAUAUAGGCAUUGACUGACUUCUUUAAGUACAUGUGUUAACUAUGGAAAUCGAGAUUAUGUGACUGAAAAACAUAAAGGAACAGACCCAUCUAGAUACCAGUAAUCAAUCUGCUUAAUUCUGAAUAAUAAUUAUAUCCACAAAUUUUUAAAACUUCUAAAUGUAUUUUUCACAUGUAGAUCUUUUUAACAGGUGGCCAAUCUUUUCUUUUAUAAAACUAUUGCAUUUAAAAUAUGGAUGUCUGAAAAAUAAAAUAUUCAUUAUUUUUAUGA